GCCGCCCCCCCCCCACCCUCCGGCUUCCGGUUGCCGCAUCCCGUUUCGCCGCGGUGCCGCUGCUCUCCUCGGCUCCCCGGAACGCCGCCAUGUCUUUGCUGUGCUACAACCGGGGCUGCGGCCAGCGCUUCGACCCCGAGACCAACACGGAGGAUUCAUGCACGUAUCAUCCAGGUGUGCCAGUCUUUCAUGAUGCUCUCAAAGGUUGGUCAUGCUGUAAGAGAAGAACAACAGACUUCUCUGACUUCUUAAGCAUCGUGGGCUGUACGAAGGGUCUCCAUAAUAGUGAGAAACCUCCUGAGCCUGUUAAACCAGAUGUCAAAAGUACCACUGAGCGAAAAGAGCUAGCUGAACUGAAACCCAAAUUUCAGGAACACAUCAUUCAAGCACCGAAACCACUUGAAACAAUUAAAAGACCAAGCCCAGAUGAGCCAAUGACAAAUUUGCAGCUGAAAGUUUCAGCUUCCUUGAAGCAAGCACUAGAUAAACUGAAACUCUCAUCAGAAAACGAAGAGAAAACAGAGGAGGACAGUGAUGAAAUCAAGAUAGGGACACCGUGUAAAAAUGCAGGCUGUUCAAAAACAUACCAAGGACCACACAGCACUGAAGAAGUGUGUCAGUACCAUUCUGGCGUGCCUAUAUUUCAUGAAGGGAUGAAAUACUGGAGCUGCUGUAAAAGGAAAACAUCUGACUUCAAUACGUUUUUAGCCCAAGAGGGCUGCACAACAGGAACACAUGUAUGGACUAAAAAGGAUGCGGGAAAGAAAGUAGUUCCAUGCAGGCAUGAUUGGCAUCAGACUGGAGGAGAAGUGACUGUUUCUAUAUAUGCUAAGAACUCUGUUCCUGAUCUGAGCUAUGUAGAAGCAAAUAGCACAAUGUUAAAUAUCCAUAUUGUAUUUGAAGGAGAAAAGGAAUUUCAUCGCAAUGUGAAAUUAUGGGGAGUAAUUGAUGUAAAGAGGAGUUACGUGAACAUGACAGCUACAAAGAUUGAGGUUACUAUGCGAAAAGCAGAGCCUCUAUUAUGGGCAAGUCUUGAAUUACCAGUAGCCAACACCCAACAAACAAAUGAGAAUUCCGAUCAAUAAUAAUUCCAAGAGAUGAGAUUUCCUAUUGUGAAGUGGUGACUUGCUACUGUAAUCAAGUAUUUAAUUUUUAUAUAGUUUUUUUAAUGUUUGAUCCUGUUCCAUUCUACGACAAAGUCUAAUGUACAGCAAAUGAAAGUGUCAACUUCAAGAGUAAUAGCUAUUUCUUCUGCUCUUGCUCCCAUGAGAAUAUUUAUUUUAGUUGGAGUGUAUCCAUGAGGAUUUAAAAUAAAAGAGCUAUUGCCUUCUGCUUACAACCUUACCUACUAUGCACUGACCAUGCAAGCAGAUGUGCUGUCAGUCUGCAGUGUGUGUUAAUUUUCCAAAUGCUGUGUUUAAACUGGGACUCUUUGGUAGUACAUGUUAGAAUCAGAACUCUUCGUUAUGAAGCACACGGUUUUAAAGGGAAAAAAAGCCUGACUUUUUGAAGUGAUGAAUUCCAUGCAAUUCCACAUAAUAUAUUAAAAAUACAUGUGAAAGUAAAUGUUAAAAAACACUUGUAGACUUCUAUUUUUGUCUGCUGGAACUAAUGUUUGUUUCAAUAUCUGUUGGCUGUAAGGGGAUGGAAUAAAAGGUAUUUUGAUAA